AUGUCUGCCUCGAUAAAAUCAGUUGAUCCUCCUUUGCCUUCAGCAGAGCCAACCUCAUCUUUCCAGCUUCUGUCAACAGAACAGAAGGUUGGUGAGUCUGAAGAUGCUGUCUUCGAUGACCAAGUAAAACAGGUCCAAGACUGGUGGGCUUCGCCCAGGUACAAAGGCAUCAAAAGGCCUUAUUCUGCAGAAGAUGUCGUUAGUAAGAGAGGCACUCUGCAGCAAAUCUAUCCUUCUUCGUUGAUGGCUCGAAAACUCUUUAACCUCCUGGAGGAACGAGCUGCCAACGGAGAACCUGUGCACACAAUGGGAGCCAUCGAUCCCGUGCAAAUGACCCAGCAGGCACCUCAUCAGGAAAUUCUCUACGUCUCCGGAUGGGCCUGCUCUUCCGUCCUGACCAGCACGAAUGAGGUCUCGCCUGAUUUUGGCGACUACCCCUACAACACAGUCCCCAACCAAGUACAACGUCUCUUCAAAGCACAGCAGUUACACGAUAGAAGACAUUACGAUGCCCGGAGAAAGAUGUCUGCCGAGGAGAGAAACAAGACGCCAUACAUUGAUUACCUUCGUCCAAUUGUCGCUGAUGGUGAUACUGGACAUGGUGGUCUUUCGGCAGUCUUGAAGCUGGCCAAACUCUUUGCCGAAAAUGGUGCUGCAGCUGUUCACUUCGAGGAUCAAUUGCACGGAGGCAAGAAGUGCGGCCACUUGGCAGGCAAAGUUUUGGUACCUGUCGGUGAACACAUCAAUCGCCUUGUUGCUACACGCUUCCAAUGGGACAUGAUGGGCUGCGAAAAUUUGAUCAUCGCGCGCACAGAUUCCGAGAGUGGCAAGUUGUUGAGCAGCGCCAUUGACGCUCGUGACCAUGAAUUCAUUCUUGGUUCGACCGAGGACAUAGAACCUCUGGCAGAGACGCUUCAAGUCAUGGAGAUGAACGGUGCAACUGGUGCAGAGAUUGAUGCUUACGAGGCCAAGUGGACCAAGGAGCAUAAAUUGGUUACUUUCGACGAGGCUGCUAUCGCUCACAUAAAGGCUAAGACGUCUGACUCGAACAAGGUCGCCAAAUACGAGAGCGAGAUAUCCGCGAACCGUAACAGACCUUUGAACAGCCGUCGUCAGCUUGCCGCAUCCAUCGCAGGUUCUCCUGUUCAGUUCAGUUGGGAUGUCCCACGAACCAAGGAAGGUUUCUACCACUACCGUGCUGGACUUCCCGCAGCAACGAAGCGAGCCAUCGAAUUUGCUCCGUUCGCUGAUCUGCUGUGGUUGGAAACUGGAGACCCAAGCGUGCAAAAAGCUGCGGGCUUUGCCAAGAAGAUCAGAGAUAUUCAUCCUGGAAAGAAGCUCGUUUACAAUCUUAGCCCCAGCUUCAACUGGAUGGGACACGGUUUCUCCGAGGAUCAAUUGAAGAGUUUCAUCUGGGAUUUGGGCAAGGAAGGAUUUGUUCUUCAGCUCAUCUCCCUCGCCGGCCUGCACAGUACCGCCACCAUCAGCAAUGAGCUCGCCAAGGGAUUCAAGACUGAUGGUAUGUUGGCGUAUGUCAAUUUGGUCCAACGUCGUGAACGCGAACUUGGUUGCGAUGUACUUACCCACCAGAAAUGGAGUGGUGCAAGUUACCUCGACGGCAUUUUGGGCAGUAUUCAAAGUGGUAGCAGUAGCAGUAAGAGUAUGGGUGAAGGUAACACGGAAGGAACUUUUUAG